GAGUCUCGCUGUGUGAGUGAUAGCGCGGUGACGCAUUUACGAAAUUCCUGUGCUACGUUUCCGGAGUCGUCCUCCGUUUCAAUGUACACUCGGCCGCUGUACCUCGCGAAUUGCUCUCGUCGUGUCGGUCGUCUUACCGCGAUUCAUAAUGACUAGUCAAUCACGUCGAGUGACGAUCGUCGAUGUCGCGGGGAACGGUUAGGUUACGGGCGUUCACUUCGUGUAACAGCGCGACGUACCGUGUAGCUGCCGUCCGAGUCUCGCUACGUGAAUGAUAGCGUGGUGAUCUAAGUGAUCUCGUAUACGUAUGAAAUUCCUGCGCUACGUUUUAAUGUGCGCCUGGGCAAACGACUAUCGCAUACUUAGCUGCUGAACCGUUCGAGUCUCGCCAUGGCGUUAGUCUCGCCGCGAAUCGUAUUGAUCAGUCGCGUCGUAAUCGUGUCGAGUGAAACGAAAGUAAAUGAAUGUAAUAACGCGACGUGUCUAUUGCGUGGCUGCCGAAUCCGUUCGAGUCCGCUGUGCGAAUGAUGGCGCGGUAACCUUGUGCGUGUGGCAGGGCUGGCACGCUGAGCGUUGUUUGUACAAAAACAUCGAGCGUACGCCGAGCACCGAGCGCCAAGCGUCCGUGUAAACAACGGCUUCGGAAUGUCUCGAGGUGUAAGAUGACAGAGUGUGUGCAACAUGUGGAAGUGAAUGCCGAUCGCCGAGCGUCGAGAGAACGUGCCAACAGCCAAUUUAAGACGUUUUAACAUCGUAUAAGGAGCGGUUAUGAGAGUUCGAUGACCACGAGCCCGCGGACCAUCGACGCUACCAUGGACUACCUGCAGACGUGCCUCAUCUUUUACCUGCUGAUCCUCUGCUUCUGCGGCGGACGUUCCAUAGACAUAUCACAAUGCAUCGCACCCCUGGGGAUGGAAUCGGGCGCGAUUCCCGACGCGGACAUCACUGCGAGUUCCAGCUUCGAUAGCGGAAAUGUCGGGCCGCAUCGCGCACGGCUGAAGCAGGAGAGCCACGGAGGUGCCUGGUGUCCGAAGCAGCAGAUCACGGCGGAGCCGCGCGAGUGGCUGGAAAUCGAUCUUCACACGGUGCACACGAUCACGGCGACUGGCACUCAGGGCCGCUUCGGCAACGGCCAGGGUGUCGAGUAUUCAGAAGCCUAUAUGAUCGAGUACUGGAGGCCGAAACUGGGAAAGUGGGUCCGCUAUAGGAACUUCCUCGGCGAAGAGGUUAUCGCGGGGAACAAGAAUACCUACCUGGAGUCGAAGCACGAACUGGAGCCAUCAAUAUGGGCGAGCAAAAUUCGUUUCCUACCCUACAGCUACCACCGUCGCACCGUUUGCAUGCGCGUCGAGCUCUACGGCUGCCCUUGGAACGACGGCAUCGUCUCCUACUCGAUGCCCCAAGGUGACAAGCGCAACAAUUGGGAAUUCUUCGACGCGACUUACGAUGGUUAUUGGGACGGACAACUUCUUCGCGGUUUGGGACAACUGACAGACGGCAAGAUCGGACCGGAUUACAUUAAGAUGAGUUACUAUGACAACUACGACAGAAAUCAGGGAUGGGUCGGCUGGAAGAACGACACGAGAUCCGGGCAACCGCUCGACAUCAAAUUCGAAUUUGACCACGUCAGAGAAUUCUCGGCCAUACACAUCUACUGCAACAAUCAAUUCACCAAGGACAUACAGAUAUUCUCCGAAGUCAGCGUCAUGUUCAGCAUCGGCGGCAGGUACUACACGGGUGAUCCUAUCGUGUAUACCUACAUGGAGGACAAAAUCUUUGAGCAACCUAGAAACGUCUCAAUCAAGCUGCACCAUCGGAUCGGCAAGUUCGUCAAAUUGAGAUUCAGCUUUGCCUCGCGAUGGAUUAUGAUCAGCGAAGUCACCUUUGACUCCGACAUCGCUCACGGUAACUUCACCCCAGAAACGCCACCCACGACCGAAGCUCCACGAUUGCGGGAUAGAACUUUGACUCGCGACAAUCCGCUGCAAGCCGAAGUUCCGGUAGCUAAGCAGGACGAUCCGACUUACAUGGCUGUGAUCAUUGGCGUCUUGACCGUCGUAAUUCUGCUGCUGGCGGUCGCCAUAUUCCUAAUAGUCACGCGUCACAGACAGCGGAAGAACUUUGCCAGCCCUCUGGGCGCCAAGAGCGCGAUUCCGACGGGCAAUCAUCAACAUCUGUCGCCGGAAUCCGCGUACGGCACCACGGAGAAGGAUCCCUCCUUGAUGACCUACCGGGUCGAGGAACUCGACGACCGGUACGCCGGCACGAAGCUCACGACCCUUCCGCGAGAUCUCAAUGAUCGUCUUUUGGGCGAUGUCAGGCUUGACGAGUACCAGGAACCUUUCCACGAGAACAAGUAUCGGGAAUCUCCUCAUGCGGCGUACUACGGGUAUAGCACGGUUGUUGUAGACAACAAGGACCUUCAUGACAACGUCGAACAGUCUGAUGCCACGUACGAUUAUGCAGUACCAAUGCCCGUGCCUAGCGUAAGCAGCGAUCAGGAUAGCGUAUUCUCGAAAUCGUCCUCCAGGGGUAGCGCAAAGGCGUGCUUGCAGAGCUUUUUUCCGCCGCCUCCGCCCCCGAUGAGCGCACCACCUCUUCGAGGCUCCAACAACUUGACGUACUCGAAUCCACCGAGUCCGGAACCAGUUUGCGAGCGUGAGCGCAGAAGUAGUAAGCGCCGCGAGCACUCCUUGCACAGAUACGCGUAAGGGCUUCUUGCAGCCUGCAAGGAAUAUAUUCACGGAAGGCGAAAGGAUCGAAGAGAGGUAUGAUGGAUUCUUCGUUACUGUAAGCAACGAGAUCGCGUGAUCGAAUGAACCCUCCGGCACCGGUCCAUCUUCCAAGAAUUCUGUUCCAUUUCGAGAUCCGACAAGUAUAAUGCUUCAACUUUUACAGUAUUACGCUAAUUCGAAAGUCAUAUUUAAAUAAUAUUAUUCUUGCUUUAUUAUGUCGCGCCACUGGUACGCUUUCCAUUUGAUCCAAUUUCCAUUUCCAGCUUGACCAGUUCUCGUUUUAUCGCGCUUUUGUUUAAUAAUUAUUCAUGAGCAUGCUAUUAUCAACCUGGUGAUCAAAUUAAACUGUCGCCUCUCGUAUGACGUGUCUCUUCUCUCUUUGCAAGAAAAUAUUUAUAGAAUAAAAUUAUUCACGUACGUGGGUUCUGAAUUUUGCAAAUCUGUUCCACACGCUUUACUUCAUACGCGCAUUUUACAAUAUUUAUACGCGUCGGAAGGAAGGAACGCCGGCAUGGGGCAGUGUAAAAUAGCUCCGGUGCCGUGUGAGGGUGCUGUGAGAACACGCGCGUUGUUAAUCUCGAGGUAAAGGCCGGUGGCAAAAGUAACACGUUGUAUAUUUCGAAGUAAACGCUGUGAGCGACCGCGCGGCGAAAGGGGUCGUAAUCCUGCUUGUUACAACGACGAUAUUUUUUCCCCCGAGUUUAGCGCAUUGCGAGAAAAAGAGAGAAAAAAAAACGACGCGAUCGCGGCGCGGUCGCGUCCGUCGCGAGACAGAGCGUUCCCUCUUCUCGACGAGCACUGCCAUCGACGAAUUACGAGUUUUCGUAACGUAUUGUGUAGGCGCAAUAUCGAGCACGGUCUUUUCGGGAGAUUCGACCUGCAGAUUCCUACGGAUAAGUAUAAUCUCGUAAUCGAAGUUGUAUUAAAUUGGCAUAUCAGUUUUUUAAUGAUAAAGUGACCUCGCGCGAACGGCUCUUCUUCGAGAUUCGCCCGCGAGAUUUCCACGAAAAUUGACAUUGCGAAGUCGUAGGAUACACCUUGACGUUUUUAUAAAAGCGUUCGCAAUUUUCAAAUUGCUCAUCAAGGGAGUCAAGUCGCAGCAUCUGUCGCGUUUCAGCGUUUCACACACUGCCAAGUAGUCUCCUCACUGUCUCUCUCUUUACACUCGAAGUGGAAUUUCGCGAACGAGAUGUAACUUGUGACGUUGCGAAACGCCACUUCCGCCCGUGUCAAUCUCCCCGAAUGGCACAGGCAAACGAUGUGUAACCGUUACGAGGAGUGCACACACACGUCAACGCGUGCGGACGAAUUUCCAAGGAAGAGUCGCGUUAAUGAUUUGGUCUGUUCGGCGCGCAUGUGCAACUAGAUCGAGCUCGCUAUCGAUCCAGAAGGAACGCGCGGCACAACCAGGGGAAGGAAAAAAAAACGACCGGGGCGGAUGAGAUAUUUAUCCGAUGGCGUGAUCGUUACGUCGGAUCGAAGAGAUAAUUAAUUACCGGCUUGAUGGAAUAAGCGGGCGUUUCAAUUAUUCGCGCGCACGAACGUACGUCAGGCGGCGCGACGCGACGCGACGCGACGCGGUGCGACGCUUGACAUCGGGGGGAAGAAGGGAAAAAAAAGCCGCGACGAGAUCGGCGUAACGAUAUUUAAAAGAGCGAACGAUAGCGAGCUUCGAUCCCGCCUCAUACAAGACUGACGUCACAUAAAUAAUUCAGUAACCCGACUUGCGCCAUACACGCGCACGUCGUAUUAUUUAUUAUGCUCCGUGACGAAUCUUUAAUUUAUAUAUACAUAUAUAUUCGAAAAAAUAAAAAAAAAUAUAUAUAUAGAUAUAUAUAUUAUACAUACAAAAAGGUAAUAUGUAUGACGACGAAUUUUAAGCAUAUAAUAGAUUGUAUAAGCCCAACUUUAUUUCUCUAUCUCUACCGACAUCGCCUUCAUGCAACGAGGAGAAUCGAGAAUUACCAGCGUUAAGAAACCGACAAUACAGGGAUGAGACAACAAUAACUACAUGUGUACGUAAUUGAACAAAAGUGGAGAAAAGAAAAAAAAACGUAUAGAAAGAUUCGAGAUAUCGGGUGCGCAAGGAUGAGAGAGACCCUCGACCACAUUGUGAUAUAUAAUGAAAAAGAGCCCGGCUCUCGCGAGUAACAUACUAUAUAUAUAGGCACGUUAUAUGCUUAAGCGUGCCUUGCGCGGUGGAGCUCUCCCUUGAAUUUCGCCCUGAAAGAGCAGCCGUAAAGUGCAACGACGCUCUUUCUCUCUCCUAGGUCGACAAACGGCGAUGGCUAUGUGCACCUGUGUGCGCGCGGCGCAAAAUUUAUUACCGGUUUAAAUAUCUGACGUGGAACGUGGCAUGAAAUUUAAGGCUCGUUCGGCGCUUUUACCGCGAGCCGUUCAAAUAGCGUUCUCUCCCGUACGAUUAUUUGGUCGUCCAUUGACCGCCGCACUUUCCUUGAUUACCGAUCGUAAUCUAUUAAGCUCAAUUUUUCUCUCAUUUCAUCGGACCCGGUCUCCCCGGGGCAUCGCUCCGCACUCGGGUCUCGCAAUCGCACGCUUCCGAGACCGAAGUGUACGCGCGAUACUAAUUGACAUUCCGCUAUUUUUAUCCGAACAACCGAUCGAACGUGAUGUUCGCGCGCGCAUAUCGGUUUUUCGAUUAAGCGUGAGACAGUUUGGCUCGUCGAGGAGAAAUUUAAUCGAGCGUUCCCCCGCGCAGGUCGCGCCCCUUCGCGGCAAGAGCGGCGCGUAGCGUCUACAACGAUUGGAAACAUUGCUAUGUAUAUUUAGUGUUUAAUCGAUAUCGUCGCCACGUAGGAUGUUAGAAAAUUUUAAGAAAAAACUAACAGUGACAGCUUCGAACGCUUCUCUCUCUCGAGUGUAAAUAUUAACCGUUAGGGACCUCGUACCAUAUACACACACUUUCUUCAAGCGCCUUAAGUUGGGGGGGCACCAAGCAAAUAAUUUCGUCGCAAUAAUAAUCGUCGUCUUUUAGAGGCGGGAGAUAUCACGUACAAGCGGUUAUCGUUAUCGUAAUAGGGCGGCGGCAGCGACGACGACGGCGACGGGGCGGAUCGACCGACGACUAAACGGUCGCCCGCCGCGUCGCCUUCAAGGUCCACGGGAGCUCGAUCUUCGAUCUCUCGCCGCUUUUAAGGCCGAGAUCGGCGCGGUCGUGCUCGCCGAGAGUUUCCUCUUCGUCGACGGCUCUCGAUAAUUUUCUCGCUCAGUGGCACCGUGAUCGAUUCGCCGAGCUCUCGUUACCACGGCACGGAAAAUUCGCGUUACCUUGAAACCCUCUCUCGUACUUCCAGCCGCUGACAGUCCGCUCCUGGCAAUAAUCGUCAAUUUGUCUCAAGCGAACGCGAAUGUGCACGUGCGACGCACGUCACACCGGCGAGCUAGAUCAGUGUGAUCGGUAGGAGCGAGAGAAAGACAGCGAGAUAGCGGAAAGUUAGUUUGUAUAAAAGAAGUUGCGCGAGUUAAGGGAGAGAAGAGAUCUCUCCGACGAAGGAAACGAUAAAAAUGACGAAGGAAGACACUUUCGUAUCUGCUCACGGCGUACUUCGUAGGAGGAUAUCAUGUCUCUUUUAUACUUGUAUGAAAUCGCACAAGCUGCCGACAGUGCUAGUUAAUAUCCUUCUAUCGCGAUCGUUCUCUAGAAUCGUCUGUAAUUUUCUCUCGCCAUUCUUUCAUAACUUGUCAUUAACAUUUUUAUACUUUUAUAUGGUGUUUUUACUUUUAAUAUUACACCGUAACACAUGCUUAUCGAAACUUAGCACUUUCUUAAUCCUCUGUGCACGCAAAGUUUUGUUCGCUACGAUGUUUUCUACGAUGGGUCGUUUGUUUUUGUAUUUAUUUUUCAUUACAUACUGAAAAAAGUGUUUGGUAAUAGCUACCAAAUGUUAAAUGAAAUAAUGCCAAUUAUUCCAAAUAUUCAAUUAAUAUAACCAAAAAUAAUUUUACUUUUCCAAGUAUUUUGUAAAUAUUACUAAAUUUGAUUAUACUUAUUAAAUAUUUAGAAAAGUACAAUUAUUUUCGAGACUCAACAUUUAGUAUCUGUUAACAAACUCUUUUUCGGUGCAUACCUAUAUAAAACAAAUAUAAAAAAAUUCUUCAAUUGCUCUUAUACUGUAACAUCUCUAGAAAAUAUAUGUACAAUUAUUUAUUUUUAAAAACUGUAUAUAAGAAGUUGUUUUUUCAAAGAAAACUCGCAGAACAAAAUUGUGUGCAUAGAGUUAAAUAAAUUACUCUAAGUUAUAGUAAAAAAAAGUUUCCAUUCUAGUCUACUGCUCUCUAAUAUAAAGCAAUCGAACAAGUGAGAACGCCGACUGCUAAAGACAAUGCGUGCAGAUUAUCCGGGCUCUCGAGUACCACCAACAUACAAAGACCCCUCGAGGACGUAAAUAAUGGCAUCCAGUGCCGACCAGCCGAUCCGUUAGAACUAGUUCGAGCAGAACCGGAUGCCAUUAUCUACCUCCUAGGAGUCAAAUUGGACAUGGUCGUAAUUUCGAGUUAUUCUCGUCAGCAACGAGAAACGUUAAUAUUCUCGGGGCGUAAAGGGGAUACCUUCUCGCGGAUUGCGCGCGGUUGCAUGUUACGCAACUAAUUCUUAUGCGCCGCCCUCAUAAUAUCGGAACGGGGAGAUAGCACUGUCUUGGCACCGUACGGGUUCCUUGCCCCCGGUAUACGUACGCCAGUCGUAAGUUUUCUUCCGGCCGCCACGUCGAGGGCGAUACAACCGAUACAGGCACGGCCCGCCGAUAUAACCGAGAUACGACACGAUCGGUUCUGCACCGGUACGUACAAUGUGCACAGGAAUACGGCGCAGCCGGUGCGACUGGGGAAAAGUCUUUGGCAUAAAUCACGCAUGCAGCCCUUUUUCUAUCUGACAUGAGAAAUGCGGGAAGAAGCUCCGGUUGAACCGACGACACACGGGGUCUGACGGAGCGGCGCGCGCGACGAACGGAAAGGGGGGAAACUGGCCCAUCUUUUAUACGACGACACGUAAGUGCGUGUGCGUACAUGCGACUCUACGAGGGAGAGCAUGAAAAAAAAGAAAAAAAAACAAAAAAAGAAAUGGACCAACCUGAAAGGUCGUUUGAUCGAUCGACGUUCGGAGCUGCAUUAUGCUCACGGGUACGUCGCAAUUAAUAUUGUUAACGAAUUAUGGGCCGAGAGAAACUUUCUAAAAAAAUUCAUUUACGUAAUUUUCCUUAAUUAAACAGACGGCAAAUUUCUUGAAGUAAAUUGAUAUCAUAAUUUCUCUUGCCCUCAUGUUCGCGCUGAAAGUGCUUUUAAUGCUUUAUGAAAGUGCUUUAAUGAUAAAAUCACUUGACGCGCUGUUUGUUAUCUCGCAAUUCUCAUAAACAUAUAAUUCUUGUACGACUUACGACGAAUUCGAUUAGCACGUAUGACUUUUAUGCGAGAGACUCGUCGAGAGCGGACACCGUGUACAUAAAAGAUCGAUCGUAAAGUACCUCGCGUCUGGCUGUGCUGUACUGUAUUGUAGAAAGUCGAAGAAAGCGCGGUGAGCAGAUACGACAACAACAACGACAACGAUGAUGGUUUAUCAAUAGAUUUAGCACAAGCGAUAAUAGGAAACUUUCCGCCACCCCGAAGGUAUUAAACGCGCCGCAUAAUCUCUCGAUGUAUAUAGCGACUGUAAUUUAUACGUACAUAUGUGUAAACGUAUUAUAAAUACGCCCGUCGACGCGCGGGAAAGCGACCAUUUGUAUAUAUCUGUAUUAUAAUAUAUAGCAUAAACGACAAGUGCGGAGGGGCGGUACCAUUGUGAGUGUAAUUAUUGAUUAAUAGCAUAACGCGAGUACCGGAUGCAUAUUUGAUAUUUGUGUGCCUGUAUCCUUUUGUAUGCUAUCGAGAUAGAUAAAAAAAAAACAAAACUAUACAUAUUAUAUUGUAUUAAUUGCGACGUAGGCGACUACGAGGUGUGUAACGUAAACGCAUACAAGUACACGAACAACAAAAAUACAUACACGCAUGCGUACAUAAAAUCAUACACACAUACACGCACACACGGACAAACACGCCGGGCUGACAGGCCGACGAACGAAAUAAAACUUUUAGCGAAGCAAAAAUGA